AUGGCCGGACCGCGUGGCAACGAUGGCACGCGAACAAGCGAGCGUGGCCAGCCUGCCUGCCAGCGCCUUGCCAACAAUGAGAUGACGACGACGAGCGCUGGCCUGGCGAGCUCACCCAGGCAGGACCGUCCUCUGCCGGCGAGCAGACGACAAUGGAAGCAACAGCUCGGCGAGCUCCUCGAACACGCUGAGCAUCGUUUCGGCGAUUUGCGCUGGGUUCUCGCAGAUGGAACGCAAAUAUGGGCGCACAAAGCGAUCGUCUACUCUCGUUCGAGCGCCCGCUUCAAGGCCAAGUUCCUAGCUUCCGCCAGCCAUUCGAACGGCAAGCAGAAUGCAAGUCCCUCUGAGCACCAUCAGCGCGAACGCACACCAUCAGACCGACAUGUUUCCAACGGCACGACGACCACGACAGUCAAGACAUCUGUGCGCUUGGAUGACUAUGAUGUUGCGCUCCUCAAGGCUCACUUGCUCUACUUCUACACCGCCGAGAGAUUGCGCGACGUUGACGCCUUUCUGUCUGAUGAGCCAGACGAGAUCUCCACGGCGCCCCACCUGGAAGCCCAGCGCAUCGAGCGCCUUUCGGAAGACUUCCUCUAUCUGUGGCGCUCGCAAUUGUUCGCAGAUGUGAAGCUGACUAUCGAGGACGAGAAUGAUGGUUCAGCAGAAGGGAUUGCUAUGUCUGCCCAUCGCGCUAUACUCUGUUCGCGAUGUACAUACUUCUCAGCACUCGUUCUGUCGCCUUACGCGGACUCGCAUCAGAACGCCUAUGCCCUGCCUUCGCCACCAUUCACACGCCAGGCCAUACAUUUCGUGCUUGGGUACUUCUACUGCGGCUCGGUCCGCUUUACUUCCAAGACAGUAGACUUGGCGACCGCCAUGCAGAUAUGGCGUUGCGCAGAGUAUCUCGGCUCAGAGGAUCUGAAGACAGAGAUCGAACGGGAGAUCGAGUCCAUGUGUCACGGCUUUCGCAACUUUACCGGCGCAUCAGCGAGACGAGCAGCAAAGAUUUUCGCCUUUUGCGAAUCGCCCGAUGUCUUUUGUCGGCGAUUACAAGAAGGCUCUCGCAAGGUCGUGACCACCGCCUGGGGCGAGGCUUGGGCUCAAGAGAUCGGUGCCCUUGAUCAAGCUACGCAGCAGAGCCUAGUUCUUGAGGUUUGUGCUCACACAACAGCGACAACACUAUGCGAUGCCAUCAGAGCCAAGCGAACGCUUCAGAAUCGUAUCGAUGCUCACGGCAAGCAUAGCUGGGCUCAGCAUCUGGCUGCUAUGCUCGAACCCAUAUCGGAACGCGUCACUACGGUCGUCCAGACCUCGCUGGACGAUAUCUUGUGCUCGCCCAGCUUUACUGCCUUGCUCAGUGGUGUCGACUUCUCAGACGAUGCGCUCGAGGAGCUAUUCGAUACCGUCGGUAGCCAGCCGACCAUCGAGACGGCCGCAACGACGUAUGUAGCGCUUUGCAAGCAUCGUGCCACGAUCGAGCACGACGGUGCGGCACGCACGCGCGAAGCGUCUGAGCGUGCACUCGACCGCAUUACUCGCUUCCUCAAAGCUCGCUGGCCCGCUAUGCACCAAGCCGGCUCAUUCGCUCAUCAGUCGUCGGCGAAUUUGCAGGAUAUUGCAGACGCCUUGCAUAUAUCAGUGGCUGAUUUGACGGCACAUGUGCCUAAGCAGCAUCCUCACAAGAGCAGAUUGCCUGCUACUGAUCCUACGCGUCCAUCAAGACUGUUGUCGACGGACAGCAAAAUAUCGACGUAUCGUAAGCCGGUGUCUAGAGCAGAAUCUGCUAGCGUCAUAAGGACAACCCGACGAGAGGGCGGCGCUUCUCGCGCCAUGUCUGAAUCGCAAGCGCCUUCUCACGCACGCUCUCUCGGCCUGGCGGGAUAUUCCUCGAGCCCUCGCAUCAAUGAAUCACGCAAAACGACCGCCGCACGGCCGACGAGUGCGGCGCCGGUCAUGGGCACACACCAGAUCAAUGGACUUUCGCAUGCCAUGAGCAAGCUGGCAACUGUCGACGACUCUCCUGUCGCCACGACAUCUCGUUCACGCGCAGCAUCGACCAGCAAUCAGGCGAUCCUCGAAGUCGACACAGGCUCACCUCGCACGUCAGCCGCGGUCGACUGGGAUCCCACAGAGCAUGGUACUGAGCUCAGCGAAGGCAUUCCUUGCGUCGUCAUGCUCGAUCAUCCACCGGGUACGAAGCUGCGCGCCUCUGUGCACUAUCUGGGCGAGGUCCAUUUUGCGCCUGGCGCGUGGGUGGGCUUGGAGGUGCAUGACGAGACCCUGCCGGUCAUGGAGGAGGACAUCGAUCCGGCUUUGCGAGUACGUUGGACGGACGGAUCAGUGGAUGGUAUACGGUACUUUGCCACCUCGUUGGCCCUGAAGCGCCUCCACGAGGCUUUCGAGGCGGAUGCUCAGUCCCAGCAACACAUGCCAUCUGGGUCACACAAGCAAAGUCUAUUCGUUCGACCUGAUCAGGUCGUGUAUGUAUUUUGA